AUGCAGUCGACGAAGGCAAGUUAUCGAAGCUGGAGCUAUCCAAGAAGCACAUUGUCUAUCUAUGUCCGAAACAGAAGAACCAUUGAAGAGGCAUACGAAGCCGAAGCAUUUGCUUCCUCUGCUUGUGAUCGGGAAGUCGUCGAAAGCCACGGUGUUUUAAGAACGUUUGCACCCUUCCUACAGAAUACACAUCCAACUCGAAGGCGAGAAUUGUUCAAGUGGUGGCUCACGAAGCUCGACAAAAAGUUCGAGCUGCAGAAACGGCGGGUGCUGUUGAUUGUGGACAACUGUUCCGCUCAGAAGGUGGAUGUUGAGCUCGAGUCAAUUGAGCUUGCCUUCCUGCCUGCCAACAAGACAGCCGCCCUGCAGCCGAUGGACCAAGGUAUCUUCACCAAGAACGUCAAGUCCUUCUACAGGCGGCAUAUCCUGGAACGUACGAUAUUGUGCGCAGGAAAUUACAGUGUUAACCUUCUCUCUGCCAUGCAUAUGCUAGCGCGAGCGCAGCAUCAAGUUACUGUGGCAACGAUCUCUAACUGCUUCAGGCACUGUGGAUUUGUUGUUGCCGACACGGAGGCUUCUGACAGUGCUGCAGCGCUAGAGGUGGCCUGUGAGGAUAUCAGUGACGUGCUCCAUGAUGUGAACUUCAGUGAUUACAUCAAUGCGGAUAGUGGUGUGGCUGUCUGCGGUGCACUGACCGACGAGGACAUCAUUUGUGAGGUUGUCAGCAGCGAGAACGCGCCUACAGACAUUUGCGACGACGAUGAUGAGGGUGAAGAGGAGGACCCACAGGUGUGCCCAUCUGCGUCGCAAGUGAUAGAGGCGCUCAAUGUUGCGCGUCUCUUUUUCUCUUGUGAAGAGAACGAAGAAGGCUCUCUGUGUCACGUUUACGCGCUCGAACGAAGUUUGUCGGCGAUUGAGUUCAAGAAAAAGCAGCAGAGAAUGAUCGCAGACUUUUUUUCGAAAUAA